AUGAACUGGAAGAAAGAGUCUGCGAGCUAUACUAAUGUCAUUGAGCAAGCUCAAGCCAUAGUUACAAGAGUUAGAUUCCCCAAUGAAGCUCAUUGGAUUCAAAAGAUCCAGCUUGGGGACCCUUAUGUUUUUACUACAAUGCUUCUUUCACAGCUUCAUAAGCUCAAGUCCACACAGCUUGAUUGUUCAUUUAUCUCAGCACGAGGAUAUCCAGGUAUUAUGCUGAGACAUCCCUUGUUUACAGCCCCUGAAGGAGUUCUUUUAACAUUCAACUCUCUCAAGACGGUGGACUACGGUGGUAAUGCUCGCAUACAGGAGGAGAUCCAGGCAAUUGGGGACGAUGGCUACCCUGAUUGGCAUUCACAACAAUUCAUGCCGUGGUUCUAUCUCCCAUACCUAGAGUCCUUAUGUAUCUGGUUAAGGAGCAUGGAUGGUAUAAUUGGUGUGGGAGAUGCAAAGGGCUCAACGCGACAGUCCAACCUGCAUCAACUGCAUACACUCAUUCUCCCCCAAAUAACCGUCAAUGAAAUAGAAUUUCCUUCCCUACUGUCUCGGACAACCGCUCUAAAAACAUUCCAUUGGGGUAUAGCCUACAAACGGGCUAUCCUCCAAUCUUUGGAAUCUACCAGCAACAAAGUCGAGAAGCUAUCACUAUGGUUAAAGCACUACCCGUAUUCUAAAGACCGCACCCUCAAUUCUAAGGAUGAUUACAAAUUAAGAGAGCCCUUUAAAGGGUUCCUGAAAACAUUGGGCUUUCCCCGAUUGCGCUCCAUGGAAGUUCCCCUAUGUCUUGUAUGGGAUUUAUUAAACCCCUAUACCUGGGUAAACGAGCUCAAACUACUCAAACUUGUCCGGAAUUUCUUGGUUGACGUAGUCCCUUACGCCGCAUUUAAAGCGCAUUUUCAUUCGGAUAUGUCACAUUAUGGAUGUGGAUUUGUGGGGGAGAAACGGGCAGAUGUGCGGACACAGUGCGCGCAGGUGGGCAUUGAGAUGGAUGUCAUACAUGAUUGACUUUCGCCGGGGCUGUGGACGUCUUGCUCUUAUCCCAGCAUGGAGAUAAGGGGAGGUUCCCUGAAGGUCUAGUCCUCGCGAUUCACUGUGGGUAAAUUCACUCCCUGGGAAUAGAAAUGAAGAGGGCAGUAUCCUCACAUCAGCUAGCUUCCCAG